CCACCACACGAUUUCUAUGCGAAUCAGCUUAAAUAUUUGGUAAUAACAAUUACAAUCUCUCUCUUCGCCAAGUCUCUAUAGUCUUCUCUGUAUGUCGCUUAAAAAGCUAAGCAACUUUCUCUCAUGGACUCGCUGCUUACGUCAUCAACAAGCUUAUCUCUUUACCCUUCUUCUCCUCUCUCCUCCCUUAAGCUUCCUUCUUCUCUCCACAACACCACCACCAUCUCCUGUAAAGCCUCCUCGAAUCCAAUCAUCAGAACGAUCAAAGACUUGGUCUCGUCUCGGCAGCAAUGGAUGUCUCGUUUCCGAGCUUACAGAGACGAUACGGCAGCGUUUUCAGAACGUUUCUCCGGAGAUUUGAAGCAGAACGGUGGUUUCGGGAUUGCUCUUUUGAGCAUCACUGCCUCUGCUAAGGUUAAGAUUAGUCCCUUCGUGGCGACGCUAUCUGCGAAUCCGACGUUUGUUUCGGCUGUGUUCGCGUGGCUCUUUGCGCAGACGAGUAAAAUGGUUAUUAAUUUUUUUAUUGAGAGGAAAUGGGAUUUGAGUUUGUUGUUUGCUUCUGGUGGGAUGCCUUCUUCUCACUCUGCUUUGUGUAUGGCUUUGACUACUUCUGUUGCGCUUGUUCAUGGUGUUGCGGAUUCGUUGUUUCCUGUUUGUUUAGGGUUUAGUUUGAUAGUUAUGUAUGAUGCUAUUGGUGUUAGACGUCAUGCUGGUAUGCAAGCUGAGGUUUUGAACUUGAUCAUAAGGGACUUGUUUGAAGGGCAUCCUAUAAGUCAAAGGAAGCUGAAAGAGUUGCUUGGUCACACUCCUUCACAGGUUCUUGCUGGAGCAUUUGUUGGUGUUGUGAUUGCUUGCUUUUGUUGCCAAGGCCACCUUGUCUCAGCCUAAGAUCUCAUUUAAAUCAUAAGUUUUCUGAUUUGUUAUUUUUAUUCGGUUCAAGUUCUGCAUUAUGUGCUUUGAGUUUGCUUAGCAUGAUGAUUUGGCUAAGUGGUUGUAUCAUAUGUUGUAUUUCAACAAUAGAGAAAACUCUUGGCUUUUAUUUUUUGUAAUCUCCUGAAAAUGCAAUGAUACCUUUGUUUCAUGUGCC